UGAGAAAGUGGAGCCAAGAAUACUAACUCCCAGCCAGCCCGCCGCGUCAACUCCAAUCUCGGGGAACCUGUGUCUGGAGCGGACCCAGCUCGCCCACCCCUGCGGAUGGGGGUUGGAGGAAACCAGCUUUGCUCCGCCCCCGGAGCUGGGCGGUGACCUGUAGGCGGCAGCGCGCCCUGGGCGCUCUCGCACAGGGCACAGCGCUGGAAGCGCGGAUCCCCUUGAGCUCGCGGAGGUAGAAGGCCCGCGACGACAUGAGCUCUGUGCCAGCGUUCCUGAGCGCGGCAGAUGUGCAGGACCACCUCCGCAGCUCUAGCCUACUCAUCCCGCCUCUGGAGGCGGCUCUGGCCAACUUCUCCAGCGGCCCCGAAGGAGGGGUCAUGCAGCCGGUGCGCACCGUGGUGCCCGUGGCCAAACACAGUGGUUUCCUGGGGGUCAUGCCCGCCUACAGUGCAGCAGAGGACGCCCUGACCACCAAGUUGGUCACCUUCUAUGAGGGCCACAGCACCACCUCCACUGUCCCCUCCCAUCAGGCCACUGUGCUACUCUUCCAGCCGAGCGAUGGCUCCCUUCUGGCGGUCAUGGAUGGAAAUAUCAUAACUGCAAAGAGAACAGCUGCAGUGUCUGCCAUCGCCACCAAGGUGAGGAUAUGGAACCGCACCAAAGAAAAUGCAGAGAAGUUUGCGAACACAGUGCAAGGAGAGGUACGGGUCUGUUCAUCGGUUCAGGAGGCUGUGACCGGGGCAGAUGUGAUCAUCACAGUCACCAUGGCAACGGAGCCCAUUUUGUUUGGUGAAUGGGUGAAGCCCGGGGCUCACAUCAAUGCCAUCGGCGCCAGCAGACCUGACUGGAGAGAGCUGGAUGAUGAGCUCAUGACACAGGCUGUGCUGUAUGUGGAUUCCCAGGAGGCCGCCCUGAAAGAGUCUGGAGAUGUCCUCUUGUCAGGGGCCGAGAUCUUCGCUGAGCUCGGAGAAGUGGUAAAGGGAGUGAAACCAGCCCACUGUGAGAAGACUACGGUGUUCAAGUCUUUGGGUAAGAGCCAUUGCUCCCAAGGCACAAACUUAACCAGAGCACAAGGUCAAUUAUUUACGUCGGCAUAGUGGUGAAGCCCAUGAACUCUGGAACUGGUCAGUCCUGGGUUGGAUUCCUUUCUCUGCCACUCCCUGGACAUGCGUCCUUGGGCAAGUGACCUCACCUCUCUGAGCCAGUUUUCUCACCACCUGUUCCCUGGAGUUUUUGUGAGAAUUAAGUGAGAUGUGUAUAUAAAACAAUGUGAGGGCUUCCCUGGUGGCGCAGUGGUUGAGAGUCCGCCUGCCGAUGCAGGGGACGUGGGUUCGUGCCCCGGUCCGGGAAGAUCCCACAUGCCGCGGAGCGGCUGGGCCCGUGAGCCAUGGCUGCUGAGCCUGCGCGUCCGGAGCCUGUGCUCCGCAACGGGAGAGGCCACAACAGUGAGAGGCCCGUGUACUGCAAAAAAACAAACAAACAAACAAAAAAACAAAAAACAAUGUGCACACAGCAAGUGUCAGCAUUAAGACAAUGACACUCAGAAGAAGAUAUCCUUCAGAGAUGGGAGGACAGGAGAAAAAGAUGUUUAAAAACAGGGAGCUUAAGAGAAAUAGCAGGGAGCCCCAACCUGACGGAGACCCAGACAGGAAGUACAGCCUGAGACCUUUUUUCCCCUCCUUCCCUACCUUUCUGCUUGCUGAUUUAAGAAGGUCUUCAGUGGGGAGCCCCAUUACUACCUGAGUUAGCACAGGCAGAAGCCCAACAAAGAAGGGGCUCCCAGCGGCUAGUUUGCCCCUCAGCGCAGCUCUCCCAUCCCACCAGAUUUAAGGAAAUGGACACACGUGGUAACAGAGCUAAUAUUCAGCUCCUACACCUAAAAUAUUGAACUACUCUCAAAAUGGUUGGUAAAUAUUUGCUGCCCUGAGCCCCUCAGCCUCACCAGACCUUACAUAUUUGUUAAUGAUUAAGCAACCAAAGCUUUAAUGCCUGGCAGAGUAUUAAGAGUACUCUGACCACCCAGCACCCAUGCCUUGCCAUCUGUUAAAUAUUUUUUUUUAAAUCUCAUGCACAGAAAGACAGGCAAACACAGUAUAAGCUUUAUCUAGAGCCUGGUUCAAAGACAUCACACUGGUCUAGUUGGGUCUGAAAGUCUCAUUGUUCCUAGCAGAUCAGAGGUCAGCCGGCUCCCUUCAGGAGACACAGCACCACAUAGCCCUGCUCUACACUUCUGAGCAAUUUUUCCUUUCUCACUUCUGGGGACUGGUUUAUCGGCACAGCCGUUCAUCCAGCAGGUGCACCUUAAAUACCUGCUAUGUCUCAAGCUGCAUACUGGGUGCAGUGGUAGCUACAAGUUAAUAAAAACCGGCCCCUGGCCUUUAAGAACAUAUGUCCAUUCAAGCUUAAGGUUUGUGCCCCAAACUAUAAGACAAAGGGUCCGUUGCUGAAGGAUUCAGGGUUUAGACUAGACCAGAGGGUCCAACAAACUGCAGACCAUGGGCUAAACCCAACCUACCACCUGUUUUUGUACAGCCCACAAGUGAAAUGGUUUUUACAUUUUCGAAUGAUUGGGGAAAAAAUUAAGAAUGUUUUGUGACAUGUGAAAAUUUAAGAAAUUCCAACUAGAGUGUCCAUAAAGAGACUUUCCUUGGAGCACAGUCAGGCUCUUCUGUUUCCCUGUUGUCUGUGGCCGCCCUGGCACUCCAAUGGCAGAGUUGAGUAACUGCAAGUAAUUGGCCUGCAAAGCCUGAAAUCUUUACCAUCUGGCCCUUUACAGAAAGUGUUCUGACCCCUGAACUAACGUCUGAAGGAUACGUAAAAUUUCUUCGGUGGGCGUUCCUUGCCUUGUUCUGCCCUUUGCCAAUACUUCAAGCCUGAACUCACCUCUGGGCAUCAGUCCUUGUUACCCUGAUGGACACUGUAUCAGGGGACUGCCAGUUCUGGGAUCUGGGCUGUUUGAGGAAAAGUUGUUCUGACAAAAGGUGAACCAAAUUUCUG